GAUCAAUUCAGUUUCAUAUAAACAUCUGAAUAAGUAAUAUAUGUACAAUUGAGUGAAUUUUGUAUUUAUUAAAACAAAGCAAAUUGAAAAAUAAAGAAGAAUGAAGGCGUCCGCAUUUUCUACGUCAUUCUUGAUUUUUUGUUCAUUGAGUAGAAUACCAGCUCUAACAUUCGAUCCUGUGGUAUCUAUGAAAGAAACUACACGGAGUGAUUCUUAUAAUUUGAAAUUAAUUUACAGACAUCUGAAAGACGUUUCCAGUCCAAGGGUUUCUCCAAUUAGAUACAAGUAUGCUAAAAUACUAGAACUACUUAACAACACAUCUGAUUAUUAUGAAAGGGAAACUGUUACGAUAUCAGACAAUGUGGAAAAGUUUCUAAAUACAACAUUGGACACUGUCACCGACAAAUGUUCAAAUCUUAUAGAUGCAAACGCUUGGAAGUAUGUUGGUAGAAAUUACACUGUUUACAGUGCAGCAGUUAACAAACUCGAGGAAUUUUUAAUCAGUCCAAUAAAUAAAACCCACAAACAAAUUGACAGCAUCAUGCUGGCCACAAAUUUAAUAUUCAAAUUGGGAAACUUGAUUCAUUCGUUGGAAAAGUGUUUCGACGAUAAAGAACGCUUAAAUGAGGAGCACGUUAUGAGAGUGAUGGUUUUGAUUUUGCGUCAAAUUUCCAAAAAUAUAUUUUUAGCUGGUAAAAUAAACCUAGAUGGAGAAUACCUGGAAAAUCCUAAGUCUGCGGACUGCUCAAAAGUUUUUUUUCCAAUGCGAGGUAAUAGUUUGUUAUUUGAUGCACUGAUGGUAGACAUUCAUUCGCCUUUUGAAUCUUGCUACAAACAUGAAGAUUUUGAUAAUUGUGCUUUUGAUCUUUUGAAAAACUGCGAAGCAGAACUAGCAACAGUUUUAAAAAUGGCGUGGUGUCCGCCUGAAUCAGAUGGAUGCAAAACUUUGUAAUAUCGUGCUGUUUUAUAUGGGCUAAUUUUAUUUAUUUCAGAUUAUUUGAUUAAAAACGUACGUCCACUUUAAGAAACAUUAUCGAACAAUAUUUUAAAAAUCUUUUCCAUUUCUCUUAAAUUAUUUAUUCAUUAUUUUAAUUUCGAUUAGAAACAUCUGUAU